AUGGCGUGGAGGGAUUUAUUCCCGGUCUUAUAUCAGAUUCAACAAGUUUCGGUUGACCCGAACAAGAAUGAUCGGCUGUUAUGGAAGGAUGGAAUUGACCUGGAUGAAUUUUCGUCUUCAGGUGUGUGGGAUUCAGUUCGAGUGAGGGAGCCGGAGGUUGACUGGAUGGGCCUUGUUUGGUUUUCUCAUUGCAUCCCAAGGCAUGCUUUCCUCAUGUGGCUGAUUUUCAGGCGAAAACUUUUAACUCAAGAUAAAAUUCUAAAGUGGGAUUUUGCUAGAAGGAAGAAUAUGAAUAUGAUAGAUAAAGUGGAUAUGGGUGAUGUGGACCCUAAAUGGAAUGCUAUUAUUGAUUGGUUGAAACGCCGAAUGCAAUCAAAGUUGGCUACGGAUUAUGUGUCAAGACUUCUUGUGGCGGCUACUUCUUAUUUCAUUUGGCAGGAACGGAAUGCUAGGCUCUUCAAGAAUCAGACGAGACCACCAGAUACUAUUGCCACUGUAGUGCUGACUACGGUUAGAUAUAAGCUAUUGGGAAUGAAGUUUAAGGAUACUGAUAAUGUCAGGAGGCUCUUGAGCAAAUGGGAGAUCCAUGGCGGUUAUGCGGAAGACGAUGGAGGCUAA